AUGGCAUCGGGCUGGCCGCGCGUGGAGAUGCUGGGUGGCUCGGAGCCUGGGCCCGAGACGCAGCAAGAGAUGGUGGAGCUGGCAAAAGCUGCAGAAAGGGAGCAGGAAGAGCUGAGGCGCCUGGAGGACGGGAGCCAGGAACGUGAAGAGCAGGAGGAGCACGAAGAGGGCGGGGAGUCCGAGACUGCUUCUCAGGAGGCUUCUCUGCAGGCUUCACAGGAGCCUUCUCGGGCCGAAGAGUUUGGGCAGCCGAGGCCCCUGUCGACGCAAGACGUGGAGAGGCACCGGACCUCCUGGCCGGGCGUUCCCGGGAACGCCAGUGAGCCGUCAGAGCCCGAAGUCCUGUCAGUGCAGGUGAGCAGCAGCCAGAUGGUACCUGUGAAGCUCGAGCUGCAGGCGACAGAGGCUGAGCAUGAGAUGAGGAGGCUGCGGGAGCCGGCCUUCCGCGCUUGGCAGCAGGUCGCGCCGCGCCUGUACCAUGCGGCUGACAGGAGUGCGGCUGACAGGAGGGUCCCGCAGGUCGAGCUGGAGCCGCGUGCGCUUCCCACCUGCCUUGAGGACUGGAAGUCCGCGGGCCCCUGGGCGUUCUUCACCGCGCUCACUGACUCUGAGUGGAAGUCACGGGGCUACGAGCUGGCUAAGCGCACCCACCUUGAGAAGCCAGGCCAGGCCAUCAAGGUCAUCCGGAACAGACCCAACGCCAUCUUCUCCGCCGAGAACACAAAGCGGUCGUACACUGACUGGUCGUACCCUAUCCACUUUGUGUGGGCGAAGGACGUGUCGCAGGAGCUUCUGGCCGAGCUGUGCUUGGCAGCGACGAGGCGCCAAGCCGGCCUCGAAGAGGGCGCGCUCCUCUGCCUAAGCAGUCCUUUCCUGUCUUCGGAGCACAUUUUUGUUGCUGUUUCGAGCAGCCGGCAGUGCUGCUUUGAGCAGACCCGAGUGUUCCAGACAGAUGUGAAGAUCAAGGAAGAGCCUGUGGACCUUGCAAAGUCAGAUUCCGGAGAUGAUGCAUCACUCGCCAGCUUCACCCCCAUUCACGCAAAGGCCCAACCCAGAAGACCACCGUUGGAAGCUCAAGCCAGGCAGCCGUCGCCAGGGAACACAGGGUCUGCACCUCCAUCAAGGCAGUCUCGUGGGUCCAGGGGCUCCGGGUCCCGACGGAACUCCGGGUCGCGGCGCCGCUCCGAGCAGUCCGGGAGGUCGAGACAGUCGGGGCAAUCGGGGCGGCGCUGA